UCCGUGCGUAGCCGGCCCAGGGCCUACGUCGUUGUGGUUUGAUGAUGGCGAACUCUGCGAAUGCUGGAAGUGAAAAGAGCCGGGGGAGAAUCUCUAAGAAAAAGAAAAGGCAGUCGUCAUCCCGUAGUCAAGCCAAUUAUGAAGGGUCGGGAGAUGACCCGGAAGCUGAACUCGUGGUGGUCACUGUCCCAACCAAGUCACCGUCAGCUCCCUUGCAAGGCAGCGCCCGGAUCAUCAAAGACCACUGCGCUGACUGGCACAACUACAUCGACAAGUGGAUUGGGCUGAACGAAAAGGGUCUGGCAGUGGUGAAGCAGAUAGUCACUGCCAAGCUUCAGGCACACGAAUCUUCAGAGGUUGCUACCAUGACAGAAAAGGCCACCAAUGUGGAAACGGAUUCCCAUGUUGCCACGGCUACGCACAUGCCAGAAGGACUGGACGACCUCUGUGUUGAACUGACGAGCAUCUACAUUUCAAUGGAGAAACUCGUCCAUAAAAUGGCAGCCAUCACUAAGCAUCUCCAAGGCGUCAGUGAAAUGGAGAGAAACUUUUCUGAAUCAGGGGGAGAGCAGCCUUUUUUCCAAACAUGGCCAGUUCAUCUAUUUUGGGAAACUUCUUCACGUCUAGGGAACAUGUACGCCAAGGAACUAUCACUCAAGAAGGCCAUUGUGGAGGAUGUUGCACAUACUAGCAGCCGGGAUGUGCUCAUGACCUACACCUCAGCAUGGCUACACCAGCCUUACAUCGAUGACGAGGCCACCGUGAUUCUAGAGAGCAUGCUGCGAGAAACGGGCCACAGGUGACAAGCUGUACCAACAGAACUCAGACCUCAGACUGCCUGAUCAUCAUUGGAAAAGGCACUUGGAUUGCGUAAGCAGCUGUGUUGUACUAGUGGAUUUUCAAUCCUGAGUGUCAAGUCACAGCAGUUUCUCAACACCAGUGCAAACCGGUUCCUCGCAAGUCGGACACUGUCUGUCUCAGUGCAAACAGGUUCAUGAAGACAGUCACAGCAGUUUCUGAACAUCAGUGCAAACUGGUACAGUAGUUUAUUGGCACUCCCAGGAUUUGUCAAGGGGGCAGGUGUUGAGGGCUUGGACUGGAAUUAAUCCCCUUUCAAGAUAACCCUGGAUGGUCAAGCCCCACCCACACCCACACCCCCACCCUCAGUUGCACCACGGGGGACUUACAUAUGUACAGCUCAAUAAGAGCCAGUAAUUGAAGUUGCAGGUGUAUAUUGUAUCUUCAUUUUUCAGAAAGUAAAAACAGAAAACAAAACUGACCACACUGGGGGGAGGGGCUUAAGCUUUCCCUUUGGUGCACCACACCAGUACAAACCGGUCCCGCAUGAGUUGGAUUCAAGCCCCUGGAUACCCAACAUACACAGAUCUGCAGCUUUCCAAGUUCUCCUCUUGGAAUUGGAAUUGAGAAAAAUAAAUAGGGAGUGUGGACUCGUUGUGGAAGCUAGCACUGAA